AUGUCCGAAGUUUGGAAUUAUUUUGUGAAAACGUCCACAGUAUCCGCUAAGUGUAAAAUAUGCGGUUCAGAAGUUCAACGUUGCGGUAAUACCACCAAUUUGAAACUUCAUCUCCAGAAGCAUCCGCAGAAGGACAAAACGCUACGGCCGCAAAAUGCAUCCAAGUGUCAGGAUCAGGAACAAGAUUUAGCUCAACCUCCUACUCCCAGUACAAGCUUCGCAUCUGCAGAACCAUCCACAAUAGAUCGAAUGUUUAAAGAAACGCAACUUUGGACAUCUCAAAAUGGUAGUAUACUAUCUCUAUAUAUAUAUGACGCAGAACCAGUUAUCAAGUAAUAUAUAUUAUAGCACGAGGGCUUUGUUAAUUUAUUGAAAAUUCUGGCACCUAAAUACAAAAUUCCCAACCGAAAGCUCAUGACAAAGCUAGUUGACGACAAGUAUUCGAAAGUGGUCGAGUGUGUCAAAAAAAAAAUUCAAGAUAAAGACUUGACCAUUAUUGCCGACAUCUGGACCGACAGCCAUACUACUAGGAGUUUUUUGGGAGUAACUUUCUCCAAACGAUUGACUUAG